GUGUCAAUUCACCCAAACCAACAGUAAGGAGCGCGUGGAGAGAAACACGUGACAGCAAGACUAAAUAAUGAUGUGACUGGUUACAGCUGCCCCCAGUGGUAGGAGGUCUAAUUGAGGGGGAAGCGGGAUUUGCAGCUUCUGUCCUCCAUAACUACAGCAUGGCUCCGACGCGACACUGCAUUCCUGGAGAGAGACUCUGCAGCUUAGAAGAAGGAACCCCCGGCAGUGGCACCUACACCCGUCAUGGCUCUAUAUUUGCCUCUCUAGCUGGUUGUUUCAUUAAGAAAAGUGAAAAUGGCAUGCUGCCAGUAGUCUCUGUAAUGAGGGAUGCAGAUUCUCAACUUCUACCUGAUGUGGGGGCCACGGUGACAUGCAAGGUCUGCAGCAUUAAUUCACGUUUUGCAAAGGUCCACAUCUUGUAUGUCAGCUCUACACCACUGAAAUCCCCCUUCCGUGGAACAAUACGGAGAGAAGAUAUCCGAGCUACAGAGAAAGACAAGGUAGAGGUUUACAAGAGUUUCCGCCCAGGAGACAUCGUUCUGGCCAAAGUUAUCUCAUUGGGAGAUGCACAAUCCAACUACUUGCUGACAACAGCUGAAAAUGAGCUGGGGGUAGUGGUGGCUCAUAGUGAAGCAGGAGUACAGAUGGUGCCGAUCAGUUGGUGUGAAAUGCAGUGUCCCAGUACACAUGCCAAGGAACUGCGCAAGGUAGCCCGGGUGCAGCCACAAUUUCUGCAGACCUAAAUGGUACAUACCCCAAGAUGUACAAGUACUGGUAAGGCUUACCUCAGGGGAGAGAGAGAUAAAGGACACUGGAAAGGAAACUUUUUUGAACUAUUGCUAAGUGUACAAGACAGAAAUGAAACACCCACGUACACGUCCACCUCCAGAAUGGCCUGAGAGAAAAAGGACCUAACUACUCCCUUUUCCUCUAUUUUAUGUCAUAAUUGUACUGUUUUAUAAGCCAAUAAACUCUUUUCCAUGGUG